AUGACACUGACGAAGUUAAAAGGUAAAAGGAAUUUGGUUGAAGACAAUGUCCUCCCUUUUGUGAAAAAUGAGUUGUGGAGGUUCGAGAGGAUUCUGAGUCAGAAGCCGAAUGAGAAAGUGGUGGACACUGCAGAUGAGAAGCAGCAUCUUGGGACUCGUCUGAAGUACUUCAGGAAGACAAUCAGUGAUGAGAAGCUGGCCAACAGAAUCCUCAAGCAUAUGAAGUCAAGGACCCUCUACAUCAUGUGCCACAUACUAGUCUUCAGUUGGAUUUCAGCCACAGUUCUUGAGAAAAUGUUGGGUGAGGCAGAAAGUGGAGAGAUGCCCAAGUCUCUGACUCAAAUGAAGCUGGCCUUUGAACAGCUGGAAAAGGGCAAUCUGUUCUUCUAUGAGGAAGACCUUAGAGAGUGCAGAAUUUAUGUCACAUACUUGUCAGUAUAUUCAGGAGUGUGCACACAGAUCUUCAGAGAGGAGGGUGGGCUGUACCAGGUGAAGGUGUACUGCUUUGUGCAUCUCAGCAUUCUGGAGUUUCUAGCUGCUCUAUAUGUGGUUCACAUGUUCAUCAACAACAAUGGUCCAGCAGGAGACUCAACUGUACCCAGCGGUGUAUCCUUCAAGAGUGACAAGUCAAUGGGUCAUCCACCUGAGUUCAGCGAGGAAGACGCUUCUACUGAUCAAAGUGUCCAGUCUCCCCAGAGUCAUCAAAUGGACCUGUCCUCCAUAUUCAAGUCGGUUGAAGCCAACAUCAUGACUUUUAUGAAGAGUGAGUUGAAGAUGUUCGAGAGGCUUCUGAGUCCUUGCUCUGAGAGUCAGGGAGAAGAUGAGGAAGUGGUGGACAGUGAAGAUGAGAAGAAGCAGAAGAGUGCCAGAGAGGCGGCUCUGAAGAUCACACUGCACGUCCUGACGAACAUGGAUCAGAAGGAGCUCGCUGACACACUGGAGAAAAGUAAGAACUCUAUGCCUUUACUUACUGUGUGCCAACUUAGACUCAAGUCCAACAUGAAGAGGAGGUGUGAGCGUGUCUUUGAGGGAAUAGCAAAACAGGGAAACCCAACACUUCUCAAUAAGAUCUACAUCAUAUUUUUUACAGAGGGUGGAAGUGGACAGGUCAAUAAGGAACAUGAAGUGAGACAGACUGAGACGGCAUCUAGAAGAGCAGCAACACAAGAGAUACCAAUAAAGUACAACAACAUCUAUAAAGCCUUACCUGGACAAGACAAACGUAUCAGAACAGUGCUGACAAAGGGAGUCGCUGGCAUUGGAAAAACAGUCUCCGUGCAGAAGUUCAUUCUAGACUGGGCUGAAGAAAAAGCGAAUCAUGAUGUCCACUUUAUAUUUUCUCUCCCUUUUCGAGAGCUGAAUCUGAAGAAGAAAAAACACAACUUGGUUGAACUUCUCAAUCACUUCUUCAUAGAAACCAAAGAAUCAGGGAUAACAGACUUUGAAAAGUACAAAGUUAUGUUUGUCUUUGAUGGUCUGGAUGAGUGUCGACUUCCUUUAGACUUCCAGAAUAAUGAGAACUGUUGUGAUGUCACAGAGCCAACUUCAGUGGAUGUCCUACUGACAAACCUCAUCAAGGGAAAUCUGCUUCCCUCUUCUCUCCUCUGGAUCACCUCUCGACCUGCAGCAGCCAAUCAGAUCCUUCCUGAGUGUGUUUACCGUGUGACAGAAGUACGAGGGUUUAACGACCCACAGAAAGAAGAGUACUUCAGGAAGUGAAUCAGUGAUGUGAACCUGGCCAACAGAAUCAUCAAGCAUUUGAAGUCUUCAAUGAGCAUUUACAUCAUGUGCCACAUACCAGUCUUCAGUUGGAUUUCAGCCACAGUUCUCAAAGAAAUGUUGUGUGAAGCAGAGAGCAGAGAUUUGCCCAAUACUCUGACUCAAAUGUACACACAAUUCCUGGUGUUUCAGACCAAACAGAGUGGUCAGAAGUAUCUUGGAGAUCUUGCAUUGGAUCAUUAUUGGAACAAAACUACCAUCCUGGCACUGGGAAAACUGGCUUUUCAGCAGCUGGAAAAGGGCAAUCUGAUCUUCUACGAGGAAGACCUGAGAGAGUGCGGCAUUGAUGUCACAGCAGCGUCAGUGUACUCAGGAGUGUGCACAGAGAUCUUUAGAGAGGAGUUUGGGCUGCACCAGGAGAAGGUCUACUGCUUUGUGCAUCUGAGCAUUCAAGAGUUUCUGGCAGCUUUAUUUGUGUUUCUCACAUUCAACAAUGACACUGUAAAUGUAAUGUCUGAACACAAAACAACCAGGAAACUUCAGACAUCCAAAGACACAGCUGCAACAAUCCUCUACAAGAGGGCAGUGGACAAGGCCUUACAGAGUGAGAAUGGACAUCUGGACCUGUUCCUCUGCUUCUUUGUCGGUCUCUCACUGGAGUCCAAUCAGACUCUCCUUCGAGGCCUACUGACACAGACAGGAAGCAGCUCAGAGACCAAUGAGAAAACAGUCAGAUGCAUCAAGGAGAAGAUCAGGGAGAAUCCCUCUCCAGAGAGAUGCAUCAAUCUGUUCCACUGUCUGAAUGAGCUGAAUGACCAUUCACUAGUAGAGGAGAUCCAAAGCUACGUGAGCUCAGGAAGUCUCUCCAAAGAAGAACUCUCUCCUGCACAGUGGUCAGCUCUUCUCUUUGUGUUACUAACUUCAGAAGAGGAGCUGGAUGUGUUUGACCUGAAGAAGUACAUCAGAUCAGAUAAAGGUCUUGUGAGGCUGCUGCCAGUGGUCAAGGCUUCCAGAACAGCUCUGCUGAAUGGAUGUAACCUCACAGAGAAAUGCUGUCAGUCGUUGGCCUCAGUUCUCAGCUCAGACUCCUCACACCUGAGAGAGCUGGACCUGAGUGGCAAUGACCUGCAGGAUUCAGGAAUGGAGCUGCUCUCUGCUGGACUGAAGAAUCCACUCUGUCCACUGGAGAAACUCAAGCUGAAGCAAUGUAACAUCAAAAACAGUAAAGCAUUGGCUUCAGUUCUCUGCUCAAACUCAAGUCUGAUAGAGCUGGACCUGAGUGACAAUGACCUGCAGGAUUCAGGAAUACAACUCUCUGUUGGACUGGGGAAUCCAAGUUGUAAACUAAAGAUACUAAGGCUGUCAUUCUGUGGAGUCACAGAGGAAGGUUGUGCUUUUCUAGCUUCAGCUAUCAGCUCAAAUCCCUCCCACCUGAGAGAGUUGGACCUGAGCUACAGUAACCCAGGAGACUCAGGGAAACUGCUCGCCAGGGGCGGUUUUUUCAGGAGCCGCCACUGCUGCUCGCUACUCUACUGGAGGAUCCAGACUUUAAACUGCAGACACUCAGAUGCCUGUGAGCUCACACCGGACCUCAACACCAUACACACUCAACUGUACCUGACUCGGGGGAACAGGAAGGUGGUGCAUGACUCCAAAAGACGUCAGAUAAACUAUCUUGAGCACCCAGAGAGGUUUGACCAGUGGACUCAGAUGCUGUGUAGAGAGCCUCUUUCUGGGCGCUGCUACUGGGAGGCAGAGUGGGAGGGUUAUGGGGCUUAUGUAGGGCUGACAUAUAGAAGACUUGUUAGGAAAGGAGGGAAUAAUGACUGUGUGAUUGGCUACAAUGACAUGUCCUGGAGUUUGUACUGCAAUGACAAGUCCUAUGAUGCCUUUCAUAACAUAAAGAGCACCCCUAUCCUUUUACCGUGCUCCCACUCCCGCAGAGUAGGAGUGUAUCUGGAUUGGCAAGGUGGUACCCUGUCCUUCUACAGUGUCUCCUCUGACACACUGACCCACCUGCACACAUUCCAUGCCACAUUCACUGAGCCACUUUAUGUCGUGCUAUGGCCUUGGCUUGACUCAGCUAUUACCCUGUGCAAAGUAAGACAGUUCUGA